AUGGCUCCCAAGAACCGCGUCAUCAUCGAUUCCGAUCCCGGUAUCGACGAUGUUCUGGCCAUGCUCCUGGCCCUCUCGGCUUCUCCCGAGGAGCUCGAGGUCAUGAUGAUUUCAGUCACAUACGGCAACGUGCCGCUGCAGAGCUGUUUACGCAACGUUGUUGCUCUCUUCCACGUCCUCGAGAAAGAGAUUGCAUGGCGCAAGGAGAAUGGCAAGUCCGAGGGUUUUGAAGCACUGAAGGCUUACAAGCCCAUCGUGGCCGUUGGUGCCGAGCACCCCUUGGAGGACGACGAGCUGGCCGCCGACUACUUCCACGGAAUCGACGGCCUCCAUGGCGUCCACGACGAGCACCCCCACCUGACACCAGAUGAGAGGUGGAAGUCGCUCUUCCACACCGAGGAGAACCUCGACCACGACCCGUCGCCCUUCUCCGAGUACUUCACGCCAGCCAAGCAGGUUGCGCACAAGGAGAUCCUCCGCAUCCUCAAGGAGAACCCCCCCAACACCAUCUCCAUCUGCGUCGUCGGCCCGAUGACCAACGUCGCGCUCGCCGCAGCCGAGGAUCCCGAAACUUUCCUCCGUGUCAAGGAGCUCUGCGUCAUGGGCGGCGCCGUCCACGUCCCUGGCAACAUCACCCCCGCCGGCGAAUUCAACACCUUUGCCGACACCGUGGCGGCCGCCAGGGUAUUCGCCCUGACUUCCCCGACGCCCCGUUCGACGAUGCCGCCCAUCUCGGACAAGCAGUCCACCCUCCCCCCCUACCCGGCCAGGCUGUCAAAAAGGCUCAAGCUGACGCUGUUCCCCCUCGACAUCACCACGCCCCACCUUCUCAACAAGAAUUACUUUACGGAGCGCGUCGAGCCUGUCUUGAAGGCCGGAAGCCCCCUCGGCCAAUGGGUCAACCACUUCAUGUCCAAGACGUUUGAGAAGAUCGAAUCCAUGAGGGGCGACGGCGAGGAGCCCGGCCUCUCUCUGCAUGACCCCCUGACCAUCUGGUACCUGCUGACCCAGUCCGACCCCAAGUGGAAGCCCGUUGCGGAGCCGGAAGACAUCCGUGUCGAGACGUCCGGCCAAUGGACGCGCGGCAUGUGCGUCGUCGACCGCAGAACCCGUGCCAAGUACACCGAGGCAACCCUCGAGACCAACGAGGCCAACGAUGGCGUUGACAUCCUGACGCUGGCCGAGGUCCCUGGCGACGCUGGCGGCUGGCUCAGCACCAGCAGGGGCAACAGGAUCAACAGGAUGCUCGAGUCCCCCGGCGAGGAGCUGUUCGCGCAGGAUCUCAUGAAGAGGAUCUUUGGUUAA